GACUAUUAGUAGUAUAAGUAUAAGUAUUAGGUCUAGAUAUCUAGUAGUAGGAUCUAGAUCUAUAUUACUUAUUACUAGAUCUAUGUCUAUAUAUAGAAUUAGAUCUAAUCUAGAAUCUAGUCGUCACUAGUGAGUAGUCCACUACCUGACUACUGCACUAACUUGACUAAGUCGUCUAAGUCUAAGUGACUAAUCUAACUACUAAACUAGAAUCUAGAUCUAGUAUUAGAUUAUAAUUAGAUGACUACUAUGACUAUGAGAUUGUUUCUUUAAUUGGUGCUUGUGAAUCGGGAUAGUAUAUUUUAUUAGGAGUACUGUGAAUUUAUUUCUUUUUACUGGGACUUUUGACUGUUCAUAGUAGGAUUGUGCUUCUGCAAUCAAAAAGAUAUCGGCAACCUGAUAAUCGGUUUCAAUGGGUCUUGUUAAAAAUUACCUGCUUGACGAUAAGCAUUUCGCUUAUAUGUGACAUAGUAACCGAAGCUGAUAAGGUGAUCACUAGGUUUAGGUGACUUUCAAAAGUUGGACCUAAUUUUUCAAUGUAACCAUAGACUUUCUUAGCUUCAUGACUUUGUGUCCUGAACAAUGGACUAAACAGAAUGACUAAUAAUAAUCAUUAAUUUCACACCAAGUCGGUACUGUAGUAGGCAACCUGUCAAUUAGAUUGCUAAUACAUUACUUCAUCUUGACACUCAAAGAUAAGUCUUUCAACGGAAAAAUUAAUUGAACAGAUGGCGGAUACCUGCAUUCUAUUCAUUUUGUUGUUUACAAUUUUCGCCACACUAAUUAGUCACCGAUUAGAUGGUGCAACCUUAAAUGACUACAUACUAGACUAUCAGCCCCUUCAUUUUGACCAAACACAUUUGUUCGAACAGCAUAAAAGAGUUAAGAGAUCUAUUGAUUCAUAUUUAAGGCUAACAUUGAAAGCUUAUAACAGAACUUUUAAAGUUGAACUGCAACCAUCAAAAUCAAUAUUUGCUGACAACCAUGAACUUGUUUAUGGCAGUGAGCCAGCAACAAUUGUGGAUACAUCUUUUAUUUAUGAUGGAAAUUUAGAAGGUGACUCCACUAGUUCUGUUCAUUUGUCUGUCAUUAAGGGCAGUCUAUCUGGCCACAUUAUAAUACCUGGACAUACUACAUAUCACAUAGUACCAGCUAGGAAUCAUUUUAAACAUGCAGAUUUUCACAGCAUAAUAUACCCAGAGUCUCAAAUGAAUCUUGAUCCAUACAGGCAUAAAAGAGCAGCAUCUGGAAUAUGUGGUAAUGAAGAUAUAUACAGAAAACUAAAAGACAAAUGGAGACCUGUUAAAGACGUACAUAUUAAUUAUGAAAAAGAAAUUCCCUUAGAGUACAAUAUGUACACAAAAGAAGUCAAUAUGAAGUAUUCAAGAUCAAAAAGACAACUAAUAACUGACAAAACUACUUGCUUCAUGAGUCUAAGAGCAGAUAAUUUACUUUUUAAACAUAUGGAAAAAAAACAUCCAGGAGCUGCUAAAGAAGAAAUUUUAUCUUUAUUUGCAAGUCACAUAAAGGCUUUAAAUGAUAUAUAUCCAGUUACAAGUUUUGGUAAUUACAGAAAUGUUAGAUUCCAGUUGCAGCGAUCCAUAAUAAUGACAGAAUGUGAUGUAUAUGAUAGCAGAUAUUGCUCUGACAACUUGGAUGUCAGCAACUUUCUUGAUUUAACAUCUAUUGAAAAUCAUGACAGUUUUUGCUUAGUUCAUACCUUUACUUACAGAGACUUUGAUGGUGGAACACUUGGCCUCGCAUGGGUGGCUACACCUGAAUCUCGGAAUUCUGGAGUUUGUGGCAAGUUUGGUGCUGUACGGGACAGUACAAAUAAAAUCAGUGACCGCAGUUUGAAUACUGGCAUUGUUACUUUCAUCAAUUUUAAACAAGAUGUUCCAUCUAGAGUGUCUCAGCUAACUUUUGCUCAUGAAGUUGGUCACAAUUUUGGUGCUCAGCAUGAUACAACUUCAGCUUGUGCCCCUUAUGGAACAACCGAGUCUGGUGCUUCUUUAGGAAAUUUCAUCAUGUUUCCCAGUGCAACUCAAGGCAACUUACCAAACAAUGCUAAAUUUAGCAGCUGUAGCAUAAGCUCUAUAAGUAAAGUUUUGGAUACUUUAGAACCAAAAGGCAAAAGAGUAAACUGUUUCCAAAAGUCUAACAAUGCUUUCUGUGGUAAUAGUGUUGUGGAGUUCAAUGAAACAUGUGACUGUGGAUUUAUGGAAGAAUGCAGUGAUAAGUGUUGCAAUUAUCAGACUGACAAUCCAAAUAAAGAUGCAUGUUCCUUAAAAAGUGGCGUUUGCAGUCCAUCUCAAGGCCCUUGUUGUGACCAAAAUACUUGUGGUUUCAAAAAAGAAGGCAUUAAUUGCUCUGUAGAAACAGAAUGCAAAUCCUUUUCACAAUGUAAUGGAUCUCAAGCUAAAUGCCCAGAGCCUAAACACAAAGCUAACAUGACUUUAUGCAACUCCUUCAGUAAAACAUGUAUUAAUGGGGAAUGUAUAGGCUCAGUGUGCUCUAAUAUAAGCUGGAUUGAAUGUUUUGUGACACAAGACACUGGGGCCUCAGAGGAUGCCAUGUGCUACAUAUCCUGUAAGCAAAGUGAAACCAGUGAAUGUAUUAGCUCAUAUAAUACAGAUAAAGUUACCUUGUAUCCAGAGUUUAAAAAACUUUUAGAGACAAUCAGAAGUUUAAAGAACCAGUCUACUUCAGCUGCAUUGGGAGUAAAACGUCCUGCAGGCUCACCAUGUAAUGAUUUUAAAGGUUACUGUGAUGGUUUCUCCAAGUGCAGAAAGGUGGAUGCUGAAGGUCCCUUCAAGCAACUAACAGACCUUAUAUUUAGUCCAGUCACUUUAGGGAACAUCAGAUCUUGGAUAGAGGAGCAUUGGUGGGCUGUUUUAUUGAUGUGUGUUGGUGUUGUGGUAUUUAUGGGUGUCUUCAUCAAAGUCUUUAGCUACAACACGCCAAGUAAAGAUCCUAAAAAGAAGACCACCAGGCUUGAAAACUCACCACAUAGGGCACCAGCAGGUUCCAGACCUGGAAAACCUAAGCCUAGUCAAGAUAAGAGAUCUACAGUCUACACUACAGACCUUCCCAUGUAUACAAAGCCUGCCUCAUCCAGAGGAGCUUCAUCUCAUCCAUCUAAUGUAUAUGACACACCAGAUGACUAUAGAGGAAGCAACGGCUAUGAUAAUCAAGCUUUCCAAGGACCUUCAAACUACAGAGGGGGACACUCACAGUUUGACAGAGUAUCAGCUCCUAGAAAAUAUUGAUAAUAACAAGUCUAAAAUUAAAUGUAGUGUUCCAUAAACUUUUUUUUUUGUAUUGAAGCAAAUGUAUCAAAGAAUAUUAAAUCUUAAUUUGACAUGAAAUUCUAAAAUAUGCAAGUUAAAAACAUUCUAUGCAGUGGUAAUUAAAAUACAAUAAACUUGUCUAAAUUUUGUGUCUUAAAGUUUUCCCAUGAAAACCAUUCUGUUGUUUGUUUUUUAUUUAAAUCCUAUUGACAUUAUUUGGUUAGUUUAACUUUGUAAAAAAAACAAUUUUACUUUACUAGUGUAUGUUAUGCGAUAUCUAUAAAAAGAAGAAUUAAAAAAGCUCUGUGAUGACUUCUCAGUUAUGUUGUAUUUGUUUGAAGGCACCCAACCAUCCCAAAUUAUCACUACUAUACCAGUUCUUUAUUUUAAAAUAAAAACUAUUAGUGGCUUUCAUCAUGAACAAAAAAAUUAUUCAAUGUAUUGCUGACAAUUUAUUCUUGAAACAUUAUUGUACCUAAAUUUAAGUUUUAUACUUUCUGUUAGUGUGACAUAGAGUCAGAUGAAAAUAUGUUCCAUCAAAAUAUAUAUGCCAUCAAAAAUACAUAAAACUUUAUGUGUCAUUUACUCUGACCAUAAAUAUUAAAAUACAGGUCAUAUCAAAACAUGACAUAAUAAAAGAUAAGUUAGGUGUAUUAAAAAAAAGAACUCAAACAUUCCAGUUGCUUACAACUGAAAACUCUAACUGCAAGAAUUAUCCAUCAUCACAUAGAUGGCAACAUAGAAAAAGACUUGCAAGCUAUAUGUGUUGACUGGGAAAAUGUUUCAAGAAUUGAGUCACACUUUGGUUAGAAUUUCCCAUUAUCUGUAAUUUUUUUUUUCUUUUGAGGAGAAACAUGAAUUGAUAAAAGAUUUCAACAAUAGUACUUUAAACCUUUUGUGUGUUUCCAAGGAUUGUAAUAAGAGCUUCAAAGUAGUUAGUAAUUUUGUCAUGAAAUGUAUCAAAUGGGUGUUAAUUGUCCCUACAGUAGUUGUUGAACUAUGAUCAUUACAUGCUCAUUUUAUCAAUACAGCUUCCAGGUUUGUAAAUAUAUGCUAAAUCAUAAUAUUAUGUUAUAUUAAUUAUGUUCAUUCUGAUGGAUUAUGUGUGAUUUGAGUCCUACAUUCCACUUUAAAUUAUAAUGCAAAAUUUUAAAAUGUUUCUUGAGCCCAGUGUUGUAUCAGAUUGCAAAGCAUAUCAUUUUAUUUAUACAUAAGAUAGAAAAAUGUUUCUGAAUUUCCUACAAUAAGACUUUAUACAAUACAAUUUCCUACAAUAAGACUACAUGUUCUUCUGACAAUCCCUGUGUCAGACCUAACACUGUGUUGAUAAAUGCAUUUGGUACAUUGUGAACUGAUAUGAAGCCAAUUUUAAUUCCUUUUAAAGUGUGGACAAUUCAUCCCAUGAGAACUUUUGAGAACCUUUCAGUAAAAUCGCUAUUUCACAGUGUCUUCAACACUACUAUGAAGCCCUAAACAGUUUGUAAACUAGUUUAUACUUAUAAUAUAGACAAACCUAAACUUUGCUUUUAAAUUACAUUAAUGAUUGUGUGUGCAUUUUAGAUAAAAUUUUAAAUUGUUUGCUCUAAAAUUUAGAUAAUUUAAUUUAGAUAUUUUUUCCACAUUUAACCUCCCUUUGCUACCUUAACUCUUGACAAUGUGGCUAGAUUUUUCUUCAGUUAUUUUUUUUUUAAAUAGAAUUGUAAAAAGCAAAAUACAUUUAAAAUUUACUGUUUUAUGGUUUUGUUUAAAUCUUCAAUUAAUUUAUUGUAAAGUUCUAUGUAUUUCAGUCCUGAUAUUAUAACUGUUGAGGAAAAAAGUAAACUUUUCUUCAAAAAGUAAAUUAUUGUUAAAAAGAUAGGCUCUAGAUCAGGGGUGGGCAACCUUUUUGUAUGAAGGGCCGCAUUAAAAAAAAAAAAUAUAUAUAUAUAUAUAUUUACAACUUUGAAAAAUAUGCUAGCUAACUGUGUAAAUGUAUAAUAUCUUUUAAUUCAUAUUUUUACUUUUCUUUUUUAUUCACUUUUCUUUUUUUCCCCCACUCUCAUUUGAGAUAUACAACAAGAGUUAGCUAUGUCUGAAACCAAUUUUUUUAUUAAAAAACAAAUUACUAUUGUCUUUUUACAUCACAACAUUUCACCACAAGUAUACAGCUAUACUUACUGUGAAGUAUUUAACUGUGUACACAAUUGCGUAAUAUUUGAAGUGUGGAAAUACAGCUUCUGGCAACCAUAAAACUCAUGCAAAACUACUGACAGGAACUUGUCUUUCAGGUCAUAAUUUGCUUGCAGUUAUGUCCUCUGGAGCUAAAUUAGCCUCUAGCUAAAUGGUGAGCUGAUGGUAUUGAAAACUUCCACAAUUAAGGAAUCUAAAUAAGUCUUUUAAUUAUUUCACUAGAAAUAGUUUCACCUUUCUGCAAAGGAAAAUGACAAAACCUGUUUUUGAAAAGAUUUAACAUGCACUUACAUUUCAUAUGCUAACACCCACCCCAUUGUAAUAUUUAUGAUAAAAAAAACAUGAAGUCUUGUCUUCCACUCUUCAUUAGAAAUAUUAGUAACAAAGUCAUAGCCAAUGUCCUUCAAGUAACAUAAAAAUUUCUUUCUUGAGAUUUUAUAUUCUUCUCAUUACCUUGCCAAUACUAAGUCAGUGGAUACAUCAGAUUACUUUGUUUCUAAAUUUCAAGUACUUUUCAGAACUGCCUGUGGUGAAGACCCCUAACUCUGAUAAGUUUGAUCACUGAGAUGUACCAGUCUCCAUUAUGUUGAUAUUUUAUGCAGCUUUGUGCAAAAUUUCCUGUUUAGAGUUUAUGGCUGGUAUAUUCUUUAUUUAAAAAAACUAGUUUUUCUCAGUCAAAGAUCGAGCUCUAUCAUUUGUUACAGUUACCAUCUUGUUCCAAGCAUACUCAACACAGUUCUUCAUAGCAUUGAAUAAAUACUGGCCAGAUAUUGUUUCUUAGACUGAGUGUAUUGAAGUAAAGCCAAUAAGAAUAAUUGUUUUCUUGAAACUUUUUAUAAUGAGUCUGUUUCAAUAAUUUAUAUAGAUUAUUUUUUAAAUAUUUUCAUUUUUUAAUGUAUGUACUGUAUAGGCAUACCUGAUUUCUGUAGGGAUUUGCAGGCCACAUGUUGCCAGUGGGCCAUAAUAUGCACACCCCUGCUCUAGAUUUUAACCUUGCAAGUGUCAUAAAUAAUUCUAUUUAAUCUAAAAGCUAGAUUUUAAAAAUGUUUUAAAAUUUUGGGAUUUAAAAAAAUUAUUCUUUUUACUAGUCAAGAAACAUUACAAUGCAUAGUUAAGAUUGAUGGAUUUUUUAAUUUUUCUUUUGGGAAGGGGGGGGGGUGUCAUUAUUUUUUAGCUGCCAUUGCCCCAUAAAUUGGUACAAAGGUAGUUUUUGAGUUAUUAGUGCUUUUAAAAAACUUCCCUUUGAAAGAUUUUUUUUUUAAUUAGACCUGUUUAAUAAGUCUGUUAUUGAAUAUUUGUGACCAAUAGUUUUCUACAACUAAAUUUGUUAAGUAUAAAAUAUUUGUGUAGCCAAAAUAUAUUUUCAAGUGUAUAUUUACAUUUCAGUUAUUGGAUUUUUUUUACCAAUGGUGUUUUUACUUAAAACUCUAAUGUUUUUGCUAAUUACUAUAUCAUGCAUUUAAGUAAGUAGCCUAAGUCGAAUAUUAUUAGUAUAGUAUGUAUGUUUUGCACAUUUUAUGAAUAGUUAUUUUUUUUUACAAAUGAGUAGGCCUACACCUAUUUGAAAGUAUUUUUAGUUGAAAUGUUUUACUUGUAUCAGGACUUUUCUCCUAAUCUCAGAUUCGCCUUGAGUAUUGACACAUAACAACUUUAAAAAAAUAAUUUGACUUGGUAGAGAAUUUUUUUUAGUAAAUGAAUUAAAUACAUAUUCUUUAAUCUAAUAAGCAGAUUUUUACAAAGUGGCUGAAUUUUUUUCUGGAAAGGUUUUUGUUGAAUAUUGUGCCUAUAAGAAUUUUAAAGUGUUAUGAAUCUAUGCAAUCAUUCAUUUCGACUCAAUAAAAUACAUACAUGUAAA